AUGUCCGACGCGUCCUCUUUGUAUCGAUGUCGCGUUUUGCCACCGAAGAAACCGAGAAAUAUCCCCCUCGAGGCCGAACAGCUGCUAUAUCAGUUUACUGCGGGAUCCAGUAAUCCCCCUAAAGGUCAAUCAGACUGCUUCUUCGCCACCAAUCUUUGGGAUAGUACUAGCAGUACACCUCCGAUAUCAACACUCGCGCCAUGGAGAGAAGUUCCCAAUACUCAGAUAACGGAAAUCCCGCGCACUACCAGCACUGCCAAAUGGAAUACUAGCCUUAGCAGUAUUCAAUCUUAUACGUCAAGUUCGACUUCAACUGUUCCACACGAGGCCCCAUCCACACCCCCCAUCGCAACUGUCAACACCAACUCUCCAGCACCGCACCAAUCUCUCCCCUCUACUACUCCCACCCCUACCUCCACUCCGAUCAAUUCAUCAGCACGACUACCUAGCAAUGAAACUCCACGCCAGGCUCCCAGAGACCAACUUCGAAAGACUGUUACCGUCAGCAACGCUAAUCAGAUGACCCCCGUCAACAUAAUACAAUACCAACCCCAACGACCAGGCAGUUCUCGGCAUAAAAAGCGAUCCCCUCGACCGACCAUAACUCCCCAGUCGAUUCCCUCUCGGCUGAUUGACCCUCGGCCUACAGGCGAACGAGGCUCCUCCUCGGAAUCGGGUAGUGCUCGGCAGAAAAGGUCAUCGGCGACAAUCACCCCCCCAGCGUACUCGAGGACGAGAAUCCUCCCCAGAAUACCAGUCGUCCAGAGCCUCCUCGGACUCUCCCGCCCCGCUCACAAAAGAUUCACCUCCUCGGCGCUCCAGCCGCGCCAGGAGAGAGCCGAUCACCUAUAA